CACAUCCGAAUCACAUCGACUCUUAUACACAUCAUACUUUGUUUUAGCUUCUAAGUUCUGAAGAAAAAUGGCUCAGCAUUACCAUGUAUCCUCCCUCUUAAUACUUGCAUUUCUCAAUUUAGUCUUCAUUUAUGGCAACAUAACUGGUGCGACUGCACGCCACCUCCUAGAGACACCCCUCCCUGAGAUUCCAAAACCAGAACUCCCGAAAGUCCCAGCUGUGCCGAAGUCUGAGCUUCCAACCAUACCGAAGCCUGAGAUUCCUAGCAUGCCAAAACCUGAAAUACCAAUUGUUCCUACGCCUGAGUUACCAACUUUGCCAAAGCCUAAGAUGCCAGUUGUUCCAAAACCUGAGAUCCCAGCUGUGCCGAAACCCAAGCUUCCUGCUAUGCCAAAGCCUGAGAUUCCAACAAUGCCAAAACCUGAGUUUCCUUCCUUGAAAAAGCCAGAAGUCCCAGCAGUGCCAAAGACAGAGGUUCCUCCAACGGUGAAAAAGCCUGAGAUCCCAACUAUGCCAAAGCCCGAAUUACCGAUUUUACCAAAGCCUGAGAUCCCAGCUAUUCCAAAACCCGAGAUUCCUGCUAUGCCAAAGCCUGAGAUUCCAGUAGUGCCGAAGCCCGAGAUUCCAGUAGUACCAAAGCCGGAGAUACCAGCAAUACCAAAAUCUGAGUUUCCUCCCUUGAAAAAGCAAGAAAUUCCAGGAACACCAAAGACUGACGUUCCUCCGGUGAAAAAGCCUGAAGUUCUAACUUUACCAAAGCCCGAUAUCCCAGCUAUGCCAAAGCCUGAAAUCCCAGAACUACCAAAGCCAAAAGUCCCAGAACUUCCAAAGCCAGAAGUCCCAGCUAUGCCAAAGCCAAAAAUCCCCGAACUUCCAAAGCUAGAAGUCCCAGCUAUGCCAAAGCCGGAAAUCCCAGAACUACCAAAGCCAAAAGUCCCUGAACUUCCAAGGCCUGAAGUACCAUCUAUGCCGAAGCCCGAAAUUCCAGAACUACCAAAGCCAAAAGUUCCAGAGAUUCCAAAGCUAAAAGUCCCAACUAUGCCGAAGCCUGAAAUUCCAGAACUGCCUCAACCAAUUCUUCCUUCACUUUCUCCGCCAUACAAACCCGCUACUCCUUGAGUAAAUUAUAUGCUACUUUCGUUCUAUUAGAAAGUACCCAACUGAUGUUUUGUGAUUCCAUCCGAGUCUAUGAAGUUUGCAACCUGCGCCAUGGCAUUGGAGAAAGUAUUGGAUACUUUCUGAUAGGAGUAGAAACUGCAAUUCUUUUAUAGUAGUAUUUGAAUUGGAUGUGCCAUGUUUCAUUUAUCAUUAUAAUAUAUGAGUGUUUUAUGUACUGUCUAUAUAUAGAGUGUAAUAAGGCUUAGAUCUUUGUUACUUUUGUUUAGUUUCUAUCAUCGGUCAUCUCUGUUUUUUC